UUGGACAGAACGGGGUCCUCGCUCUCUGCAUUUUGAAAGCGUCGCGGUGAAGAUACCUAGCCACAGUAGCCGGGGAGAGAGGAGGAGGAGGGAGCUGAAGCAUGGAUGAGGUUCUGAGCAGGCUGAGGGAGCUAAGUGCUGCUGAACUGCGUGAGGAGUUUGCCCGAGCACAUGUCAAGUGUGGUGCCAUCACUCCUUCAACCCGAUCCACCUUUGAGAGAAAGUUAGCUCGAGUCCUGGCCGGGCCAGAGAGCAGUGCCACUGAUUCGGACAACAGCUCUUCAGCAGGUGUCUCGGGCGCUGAGGCCUCCACUGCAGAUUAUGCCAAACCCGUGUCGUAUGCCACUUCAGCAGUUGCACCAACCACUGCUGCGACAAGCAGCAAGCUUGCUCAGGCCAGCGAAGAGUUGGACUUUGGCUACGGUGUGGGUCUCAACCCUCCAGAGGAAGAGGAGAUCUCAGUGAACACAACCUCAAACAGCUCUGCGGAAGGCAGUAACUCUAAGGGCAGAACGGAAACCCCUUCAAAGUUGGCACAAGUGUCCCCAACCUCUUAUUUUGGAGUAUGCCCACUGUGGGAGGAUGUUUUGGCUAGAGAUGAGAGAGCACACGUAUACACAGAUAAGAAAGAUGCCCUUCAUGCUGUUAAGAUGAUGAAGGGAGCCCGCUUCAAAGCCUUCCCCAACCGCGAGGAUGCUGAGAAGUUUGCUAAGGGGGUCUGUGACUAUUUCCCGUCUCCCAACAAAUCGACAACUUGUGUAUCUCCUGUCAAACCAGGCCUGGUCACUAGUACAGACAACAUGGAGGUUGAUACCAUAAACCGGGAGCGGGCAAACAGUUUCAAGUGCCCCCGCGUCCAAGACCUGACCGCCAAACUGAGGAAAGCUGUGGAGAAGGGCGACGAGGUGGUCUUUAGCGAGCUGGUUUGGAGCAACCCACGCUAUCUCAUUGGUUCAGGGGAUAAUCCCACUAUUGUGCAGGAGGGCUGCCGGUACAACGUAAUGCACGUGGCAGCCAAGGAGAACCAGGCAGGAAUCGCCCAGCUGCUGCUGGACACCUUGGAAAACCCAGAAUUUAUGGGGCUCAUGUAUCCAGACGACCAGGAAGUUAUGCUGCAGAAACGUAUCCGCUACAUUGUAGAUCUUUACCUCAACACCCCAGAUAAGGCUGGCUUUGAAACACCACUCCACUUUGCCUGUAAGUUUGGGUGCCCAGACGUGGUUAAUGUCCUGUGCUCGCAUCCUGACAGCGAUAAGAACUGUAACAACAAGGACGGCCAGAAGCCGUGUGAUCUUAUUUGUAGCAGGAAAAAUAAAACCCAAGAAGUGAAGCAGAAGAUAAGUGAAUAUUUGGAGGACCGCUGCUAUAUCCCUUUGCUGAGGGCAACCGACAACACCUCUCAGCCCAUCAUCAGUGAUCUGUGGUCACCUGAGUCCUCAGAGAGUCUCUCGCUGACCCAGCGGCACACAAGAAGCCCAAUGGAUCCCGUGAUGAUGGUCACAGCCUUCGCUGGCCCACUGAGUCCUUCUAAAGCAAAUGAUUUCCGUAGGUCCUGGAAGACACCGCCCAGAGACAGGGCAGCGCUUUUCCACCACAUUCUUAAGUCUGAUCACGACCGUGGGGCAGAGAGAGUGGGCAGAGACCUGGCUCAUGAGAUGGGCCACCCAUGGGCUGAGUACUGGGACUUUCUUGACAGUUUUGUGGAUCUGUCAUCAACUGAGGGGCUUCGCAAGCUGGACGAGUACCUUAGCAAGAAGGACUUUAGCCCGCGGGCUCAUGAAGAGGCUGGGGAGAAUGAGACCAGCAACAGGUUCAAAACCCCCUCUCCAGGCAAGCCCAAAAAGUUCUGCAACUCCAUCUCUGUUGGUGCCUUUCUGGACGAGGGUGAUGACAUCAGCCUUGAGGAGAUGAAGAACCGGCAGAACGCAGCACUCACCUGCCUCAGAUCCUGUGCUGCGUCAAAGGACUGCCUGAAAGGAGCAGUUGGUGGCCACGAGUUCCACAUCCUGCCCAUCCCACUGCACCAACGCGGGGCCGACCUGAUCGAGACGGCGGCAGAGCAGGACCUGCUGUGCUGCUGCGACGACAGCCUUCUGACGCCCGGCGUCGUCUGCAAAAACGGGGUGUGCUCCUCCUCCAGAGACAGGACUCACAAUGGGGAAAAGGUGACUCCUCGCACCUCUCCGUCCUCCUCCUGCCUGCUGUCGCCCAUCUCCAAUCUCAUGGCAGACUUUGAGCUCAUGUCUCUGCAAGAGCCGCUGGACAGCCCCGCCAGCUGCAGGGAGCGGAGGAGCAGUGGCGGGAGCCGGCACAGGGAGGUCCGGGACUCCCACAGCUCCUCCUUAGCCGCAGACCUCAGCUCCGGGCUGAACCGCCUAUCUGUUGGUCACAGCAGUCAGGAUGGUGAGACCGUGGAGGUGCCAGGCCGGAGAACAGAGGGCGGAGGAGCAGAGGAGAGGAGCAGCAGUGGCAGCUCAGAGGAGUACUUUGAAGCAGAGGAGAGUCUGGAGGUGUUGGGCAGGACUAGGGGGUCAGUGUCAGGGGGGCGCAACUUCUGUGCUCGGUCCAAGUCAUGGGAUCAUGGGGGGAGGGACCUGAGCAGCUCAGGAUCCUCUGGGUCCUCCUAUAAGUCCUUAGAUAACGCCAAUGAGUUCCUACCCAGGACCCCGCCGCAUAUUAGAAGAGGACUUUUCAUUGACGGGGAUUCACCAUCCAAGUUGGACAGAGAGGUCCUGUCAGCAAUAGAAGGCUUGGACCUCGAUCCCCAGAAGUAUCCCAGCAUUCACAAGUGGAAGAGCACAAUGAAGUCGUACUCGGCGUCAGACAUGCAGAGCUGGUCCAGCCCUGCGGUGGUAAAACCACGACUCAGGAUGCAGCAUCAAACUCUUGGGUCCCCGGUCAGCGGCCUGAUGUCUCCCACCGGCCGCUUCAGUCCCGCCCGGCAUGUCGCCUCGCCAGACUUCAGCCCCAGCCGUUACAGCCCUGCCAAUGCUAGCUACAUCCAGCGCAUCCGCCUCAAGCACUUGAACGAGCCAUCGAUCUAACCGACCACUCUCCUCCCCCACUACGGCCAUACCCUCUCCCAGCCCUUACCCAAACCUCCCUUUCCCACUAAAAAUCUAGCUGCACCAAGGUGGCUACCACCAGAGCUCAGAAACCCCAUACCUAACAGAAAUAUGCACAAGUGUCUGGAAGAUUUGUAUUAACGAUGUAUGGUACUACUCCUAUGUAAUACAGGAAUUCUCAUCACGUUGGGUUGUGAUGUACACUCAAGACUUUAAAAAGGAAAAAAAAAGAAACCUUGAUAAUUUAUGUACUGUACGGAUGUGGGCCAUGUUGAAUUGACGGUAAUGUUAUUUGUGGCAAGUGUGAAGCACCUGUAUCAUAGCCUGAGUCAACUUUUUUGAAUAUUGUGAAUACAAGCCGCACUCCCCAAAGUUAGUUCAUCACUAAAACCUUAGUGCGGAAUCCUCCAACAGGAUUCUGUCACUGAGGAUGUUCUUUUAAAAAAAAAAAAAUUGACAAUAUUUUAAAAGUUAUUUUUUGUAUGUUGGUCAGUAGCACAAAAAUUAAAUGUUUUUAUUAAUGGUGUUAAAACCGACUGCCAUUUCCUAUGUUUUCCUCAGUUAAGGAAUUGCCUUAAUUUUCUGAAGUGAUGGACCAGCUCUCUGUCAGUUUGGACACACUCUCUAGCUCAUACGUGAAAUAUCUGGGAACGGCAACCUCACUGGCUGCGUCAGUCAUAGGUGAUUACGGCAAACAUGGGAUAAAACUGAUUAGACUGAGAUCUUCCAUGUUCUUAUUUUGUUCUUCAAUAAAUGCAUACAUUUUC